GUGCAGCUAAAACCUCAUCACAAACCAUACGAAAUGAGACGUGGAUGGGGAGAAGUCUUGGAUAAGUUCGCGCAAUCAGAAUCAGAGAGUAGGAAAAAGAGUGACGAGCCUGUGUUGUAUUUCCGUAGAAACGUGCAACUUUCUGAAGCUAAAGAGCAACGGAUUGUGACCUUCUGUUCGCGAGCUCUGGAAAUGCUACUUACGGAUGCGCGCUCGUCGCUUUUUCUUGACCGUUGUCCUAUGCCACCUGAAUGCGCAGCUGAACUGGCCGGCCUCGGAUUUACGAUGGAGGAUGGUGCUUUUGAUGCGAGAGUGCAUACUGUGGAUUGGAUUAGAAUACAUCUGGAGGAUCAGCUUCCUAGUCGAAUGGCUGAUAUUAUCCGUGGACCUAUGCUCCUGGGAAAAGCACUGAGUGGAUUCAACGAGCUCGAAACUCUUGUCGUUAAAUCAUGGAAGAAAGGAAGUGAUAUACUGCGAGUCAAUGGUUUAGAUGAAGUUCGCAGGCACUAUCUGACAAAACUACGAGAAUCCACGCCUUGUUAUGGCGCUGCGUUCUUCCGAGGCCUAAUUGAGCGACCGGGUAUUAAUCCUCUCAACAUCAAAAAAGUUUUCAAUCUGUUGUUGAGUGGAGCCCCAGACACUGAGGUGCUUGUCGGUGUCAAUAACGAAUUUGUAACCAUAAUCGAUGCUGCUAAGCAUGACCUUCUGCUCGUCCAGAAAAUACGCGAUUGCUCUUGGAGAAAGUUGAUAUACUCACCGGAAGAAAUUCGAAAAGGACACCAACACCUGCUUUUCUUGUCGUUCCCAGAUGAUGAUUACCUCAAGUCUCGCAACGAGUUUAUAUGUGGAAAAGCUGAGCAGCUGACUUGUAUGAAAAUGAAUAUCCUGCAUAUUUUCUCAAGUCAAGCAAUGCUUCUGAAUGCUAUGCUAAACUCUGUGAAAACUAGCAUCAAAGACGAUGACAUCAUCAUAGACGAGACUGUUAUCGAGCAGUCGACGCCCUCAACCGGCUACCCCGUCGCUGGUCGUGCAACCGUUGCUCGAACGCCGUCGUUGUCCAAGUGCCACCGCAUGUGUUUAGCAAGUUUUGAGGAUGGUAGAUUUGUGAAAGCUAAGGGUAGCUACAAGAAGGUAAACUGGGAUACUGUCCAGCGACAAGGCAUCGAAGUUGUACUGUAG